CUUUUAGCGCAUGCAGACGCAGCCUGGUCUGGCUACCCACCAAAAUUUCCACUGUAGGUUCGCACUUCAACCUCGGAAUUACAACUGAUUCUACAAAUAUAAAUACAAUCCUAAGAAUCACAAUCAAAUCGCACAAAUAACAAACAAAACAUGGCAGACCUCGAUACUGAAGAAGCACCUCCUGUCAAAAAGAAGUUUUCGUUGUUCAAAAAAAAGUUAACCCAGUCGCCAGCUCCAAAUAUUAAACCGGGUCAAAAUCAUACGGAUGCUUUUAGUCGCGCGAAAGAUCUCUUUCCGUUACAUGUUAAGGAGAAGGAGAUUAAGAGGGAGAAGAAGGCAGUGACUUUGGAGAGAAAACGCUCCUCGCAGAGUAGAGAAAAAUCAUCCUCGAGUCCGAGGUUGGAGAAGAGGAGAAAAGUUGGGGAUGUGGAUGUGGAUGUGGAUGUGAAGGUGGAUUUAAACGACUUGGGUAGUGAGACGGAAGACGAGGAAUUGAGGGCUAGGUAUUUAUUGACUUGGGGUGUGAUCUUGUCAUGAAUGUAUGCUGAUUGGAGGUUUAGGGAAUCUUCAUUAUCUACUCCUGAUAGUAGCAAGUCACAAACAAGAUCCCCGCAACAAAAGCGUCGCUCACCUACGAGUUUGAUGGGUCGUUUUGCGAAAGAUGUAGAAAGUAAAGGGAACAAGAGUGGGAAUUGUAAGGCUGUCACAAAGGGCUAUAUAUCACUGAGCGAUAGCGAGACCGAGGAUAUCGUGCCUGUCAGGCAAACUAUUAGCAGGAGUUCCUCCCCGGUUGUAGCGCCGGCCAAUUCGAUAUCUGUUAUUGACGAUGACGAUGAAGAUGCGUUCUCUGAGGAGGAGUUUCCGGAAUUAUUAGCAAAGGCUCGAGAGAAUAAACGGCUUGCAGAUCUCGCGCAACAAAGAAGUAAUGCCGAAUGGGCAAAUAGGAAUCAUGAGCCAGAUCGGAGUGCCGCAGAUGACGACGUCUUCCAAGAUAAACAAAAAGGGGAACUAGUUCUAGAAAUCUUCAUCUCAUCUCGACUUGAAAAUACCAAGAAUUUAGUUAUCAAGAGAAAACUACAUCAACGAUUACGAGAAGUUCGACAAGCUUGGUGCGACAAACAACAAUGGAAUGGAGUACCCAUGCCAGAAGAAUUAAAAGACGCAAUAUUACUCACAUGGAGAAACAAGAGAUUAUUCGACUCCAUGACAUGCGCAUCACUAAAUCUGGACUUUAACACAAAUGGCGAUCUCGAUAGCACAGGUGAAGGAUUCAACAGCGGUAGAAUCCACAUGGAAGCAUGGACCAACGAUCUCUGGGACGAAUGUUGUAAAGCAGCCUCCGCGGAAGAAAUCAGCGACGAUGAGGAAGAACCCGUGGAAGUUGUGCCGGAACCAAUAGCCAAGAUGCGAUUAAUACUCAAGGCGCAAUCGAAGGAUAUCAAGGAAUUCAAAACUUAUGUGAGAGCUACAACGACGGUUCAGAAAUUGGUAGAUGGCUUUAGGAGUAUGAAUAGAAUUCCAGCAGAGAAGAAAAUUAUUCUCAGUUUUGAUGGUGAUCAGUUGGAUGUGGAGUCUACGGUUGAAGAAUCCGGUUUUGAUGAUAUGGAUACCGUGGAUGUGUUGAUUAGAUGAUAUGAUGAUGUAUCUUGUACUUCUCUUACCUUUACUGUCUAAAGAGCUUUGUUUUUGGUUGUAUUGUGUCAAAGCUAUUGGUUGGUUUAUUGAUGGAUGAAAUGGAGUUUUGGGAAAUGGAAUGGACUGAAUGGCGUAUGAUGUAUGGCGUACUUACUGGCUGAUGAAAUAUUGAUACCCUGAAUGGAUUACAGAUCCAUAUGUGGAGGAAAGGAAAAUCCGUUCAUUUGUGUUCUGCUCAGUUAGUUCUUCAGGAUUUGAUAUCUGUUU